AUGGCCGGGAGAAGGACCUACCUAGCGCUACGAAUAACGGCUCUGGUUGUCGGGUGUAUAGGCCUGGGCGUCGCAGGCUCUGUCUACGCCUUCAACGCCUACGCCAACGCCGUGAAAAAGACGUUCAAUUACACACAAAUGGAAGUUGAACUGCUCGCACCCAUGAGUAAUUUCGGAAUCGCCUUGGCCUUUCCGGCAGGGUUCAUGGUGGAACGUGUUGGCGCGCGCUGGACGUCAUUGACCGCUCUAAUUCUGACGUCGCUGGGGUCAUUCUUGUUGUACAGCACUACGUACCAGAAAGCGUUUUACUCUGGUAGAGCGUGGCUGCAGUGUAUAUAUUUCUUUGUUACAGGGACCUUUAUUAUGUUUUGGCGCCAUUUUCACUUGUCUGACGUUAACGUCUUGUUACUAUUUAUAGCUACCGGCGCCAGCUUCACCUACAUGGCUAGUCUAAUGACCAUCUCCGCAAACGUCAGCCCUAAACACCGCGGAAAGGUGUUCGGGAUUCUUGAAGCAUUAUACAGUUGCAGCUCGUCGCUUGUGGCUCUGGUUUACGGAACGCUAUUCACAAACGGCCACAUUCACAACGACGAAGAUCAACAAGACUUGCAAGGAUUUUACCUCAUGAUGGCGCUGAUAUUUACAGUUACAAAUAUUCUUGGGAUACUUUUUCUGUCUCAAUUCGCAUAUGACGACAAUAGUGAUCAGAGGCAGGGUCUUACUACUGACGAUUCCGAGGAAUCGCCUCUUAUAAACAUUGACGAGGCCAGCGAAGAAUGCAAAAAUGUCAAAAACAAUAUUCUGAAUCCGGAACCGGUUGAAGAAAUGACUGGUUUCAAAUUGCUGAAGUCUUUCGAUUAUCAGUUUCUGAUGUGGACUUUCAUCAUCUGUUCCAGUUUACAGCUGAUGUUCCAGAACAAUAUUACGACAUACCUCAAAUCGUUUCGUAUGGAGGACGCCAGCACGUUCUUCACAACCUUGUACUUCGCUGCGGGAACGGUGUCUAAAUUCGUCUGUGGAUAUCUCUCCGAUUCCAUAGUCCACCGAGUGCCUCGACCUGCUGUUGCCUUAAUCUUGAUGAUUUUCCAAACAGUUAGUUUGACUCUGUGCAUCUUUUUCGGGAAUUACUACAGCGUGUUGCUUGUUUCGUUACUAUGUGUUGUAAUACCUUACGGCGCCACGUCGAGUCUAACUCCCGCUAUGACCAGCGAGUUCUUUGGGAUGAGGUAUUUCGGACGGAACUGGGGAUUCAUGAUGCUGGGGUCGUCAGUCGGAGGUAUGAUUCUGCAACAGAUAUUUGGCGCCAUUUACGACGAUCGGAUCAGGACUCCGGGACUUAAAGACUGCUACGGACUCGGCUGUUUCCGGUACAGUUUUUUGAUGGUCGCGGGUUUGAGCUUUUGUGCUGUCGUGUUGUACGUCGGGCUUCUUGAAAGAAGGCUGCAACUGAGAAAAUUUGUUAAAGAGGACGGGAAAAGGCAAAGCAUCCCCACUGAAAUCAUUUUAAUCCAUAUGGGAUAGGAGAUGUAGUCGGGUUAUUCCUCUGACGUCUCAACGAGGUACUCUUAAUGUCGUAAGAGGAACUGGUGUGGAUUGCUGGUUAGAACGGGACAAAUGGUGUUUCUAAGACGUACUCUUAGUGUCAUUAGAGGCGCUGGUGAGCUUGCUGGUUGGAACGAGACAAAGGGCGUCUCAGCAAAUCGAUUACUGGAUGACGGUAGUCAACUCAACGGUUGAAGAAACUCAUCUAACAUGGCGAUGGUUGGUGGUAUCCAAUAGAUGGGCGGUGCCUGGUAACAAGGAACAUUGGCUUGGUCUAUGUGGUUCGAACUACUAUUUGGAUAAAUCUGUGAUCUUUCAGUUUAACUUUCUGUUCUUUCAUGAACUGUAGAAACGAAGUGCAAUAUUACAAUAUUGUUUUUAAGAAUGAGUAAACGAACUAUAUUGCAGGG